CGACCACUACUGCGCAACUGUUGUCCUCCGAUUCACCCCCCUCCCACCUCUCUACCUACCAGUUAAAUUCACCUCGGGUGAUACCAACCGUCACAAUGGGCAAGGACAAGUCUGAGAAGAAGGACAAGCACGAGAAGAAGGAGAAGCGCGCCGAGAAGGACGGCAUCCACAAGGCCAAGAAGGAGAAGAAGGAGAAGAAGGACAAGACCGCUCUCACCAACGCUGUCGAGCAGGAGCUCACCACUAAGGUUCUGGAUGGCAUUGACCAGGCUGUUGCUGGGGAGGCUGCCACUGGGGACGUGCAGAUGGUCGACGGUCGCCCCAUUGGCGCCCUCGUGCCGUUCGCCCAACCUCUGGUCGAGGACAAGGCGGCCAAGAAGGUUCUCAAGAGUGUGAAGAAGGCCGCUGUCAACAAGUGCCUGAAGCGUGGUGUGAAGGAGGUCGUCAAGGCCCUCCGGAAAUCCGCUGUUCCCGCUCCCAACGAAGUUAUCGCCAUCCCUGGUGGCGUCGUCAUCCUCGCCGGCGACAUCUCGCCGAUGGAUGUCAUCUCCCACAUUCCCGUCCUGUGCGAAGAUCACGGUAUCCCCUACGUGUUCGUCUCCUCCCGAGCUGAGCUCGGUAACUCUGCCGCCACGAAACGCCCCACGAGCGUGGUGAUGGCCGUGCCCAAGUCGGCCGCCAAGGGCAAGAAGAAGGACGAUGCGGAGGACGACGGAGAGGACUUCAGCGAAGUCUAUGAGGAACUGGUCAAGGUCGCCCGCAAGGAGGCCAAGAAGGCGAACAUCUAGACGCCCUUCAGUCAAUGGAGGGGGACCAACCGUUGAUUUCAUUUCCUUUUUCAUCUCUUAAUUCUUGAGCUUGUCUUGUCGCCUGCUAUGACUGUACAGUUCCACUUUAUUCUCUGACAAGACACUGCAUGUCUUUGGGGUCUGGCCUAUGGGACGUGUUUGGGUAAAUUUUCUUUUUUUCCUUUCCAUUUAUUUAUGAUAUGUCUGUUGCAAAUCUGGCGUUAUUUUAUCAACAGGUGUAUGAAAAGGCAGGAAGUAUCAAAAAUAAAAGAGUUC